AUGCAUCAGAGUCAACUUACUCACACAUUUACUGAUAAAAUUAACACAAAUUAACCUUAUCUAAAUAACAAUUAAAGCUCAAACCCUAAAUAUGUUUUGAAUUUCUUGUAUAAAGAUAAACUAAAAAGUGAUUCACUCAGAUAAUAGAAUCAAUGCUAAAUUAAUUACCCAUUAAAGACAGAAAGUUGUGAAAAAGGAAAAUUUAUUGUUAGCUCUCCUGUUUCCAAGUUGAUUAGCCCUCUUUCGCAACAAAUAAAGAGCUCGGCUUCUUCGAAUAUUAAAAUAGUUUAAAAAUAAUAAAAUUUUAUUGAAGAAAAUUCUAAAUUUGCAGAGGAUUAAAUAGAAGGACUACUUGGUGAUUAAAUAUAAGCAAAUUUGACUAACUUAUCUAACCACUACCUUAAAUUUAAUUCAUCAAACACAGCAAACACACUAUAAAAUUCUUGUGAUAUUUCGUAAGAAAAUUCCCCAUUUCAAUUAUCACAAACAAAUAGCAAAUUAUAUAAAAGAAAGAAUUAGUUUUCAGAAUUAACUUCAAACAGCCAAAAUAUAUAAAAUGAAGGAAAUAGUCGAUAAAAUUCUAUGACAAACAAAAGUUAAAUAGAAUUUAAAGGCAAUGGAUUAAGCAAGGAUAUUAAAAGCGAUAGACCUGCUGUAUAAGAUUUUGUUGAAGUAAAAGUGAAUGUUGAUUAAUCCAACUAACAUUAAUCUUAAAUCUCCAACUAUCAAAUUUCAAAUAACAUUAUGAUGAAGCAUAUAAAAACAACUGUAACUAACUUGAUGAGAAAUAAAAGAAACAGCAGCAAAGACAUUUAAUUGGAUAGUGCCAAUUCAAAUUCAAUGCAAAUUAACCAGAAUAGCUAGCCAAGCGCUAGAACAAAUAGUAAAGAAACAAGAAUUAAUAAUUUUAUUUCAGGAGAUUUAAAUUCUUAGUUUAAUGACAUAUAAAAAUCUCAAAAUCAAUCGAGGUCAUCUUCUAAAAGACAAAAGUCAAUAAGUUUUGGAAAUUUACCGAAGAGCAAGAAUAAUAUCUAAUUCUAAACAUUAGAUGGUUUAACUCCAAAUGACUACUCAAGUGAUGAAAAAUAAUAAAGUCACGUUAAAAAAAAGGUUACAACUCCUCACUCUGUUAAAGUUAAUAAGAUAGAUUUGUCUAAAGUGGCAAAAGUUUCUGUUAUUUAAAAAAUAAAUGAGUUUCUAGAUUUCUCUCGCUUAAAUCAAAUCGUUAAUUAAUAAAAAAAUAAAGUCAUGUAAGUGCAAGCAUAGACUUAAUCACCUCUAUAUAAUUUAAAAAAGUAGUAAUUAAAUUAAUCUCCACAUAAGUAGCCAAUUAAAAAUGGUAAAACCUUCAGUAAUGUUGGACCUUCGUAUAUGAAUCUCAAUUCAACCAAAUUAGAUAAGAAGAGUUCAUUUAGUUAAAGAAAAGAUCGUUUUUAAGAAAAAAAUACUUUAGCAAAUAAUAUUAACAGCAAUAUGCAAAUUAACUUUAAAACUCAAUCCAGUGGUAAUUCUAAUGACACUUUGAACUCUAACAGGGCUAGCUUUAAUGAAAAAAUGACCUCUUGUGGUCCAGAAAGCAAUAUAAUUUCUACUCCUUUAAAGAAUUAUCCAUAACCCUCUCUUGCUGAAGUUAAAUAGUUCAAUCAAUUAAAACAAAAAAACGUCUAGCUUAUCAGCUCAGAGUUUCCUUAACUAAUUAGCGCAUUUAAAACCUAUUCAUGUGAACGAAUAAUAAAGGAGAUAUUUAUAGAAUCUGAUAGAGUAAUAAGGCAUUUAAGCAGAGACUUCUUUAUCUUUAAAAUUAAAUUUUUCUUGUUCCAGCUCUAAAAACUUGAGCUUGACGGGUUUUUUGAUUUAUGCGAUUUGAACUGUGAUAAAUUUGUUGAUGUGAAAGAGUUUGGAGAGAUAAUAGAAAAUUUUUGCAAUAUUUAAAACUCAGAUUCGAAAAAAUUAAAAGUUAUAUACUAGAAUAUAGAUUAAGAAAAAUACGGUUAAAUUUCUCAGAUCAAUUUACUAGCUUACCUUUAAAAAUAUAUUCCCAGGUUCCAAUAAAAAGAAUAAUUCUGUCUCUAGUUCUUUAAAGAAAUAGGGCAUUCUUAAAACAUCAGUUUCUGGGAUAUGCUUCUUCAUUCCAGUAAUAGAAUGGUGAGGUAAUUAAUUGAAGAAUCACCAAUCGACAGAAAGAUGAAUCAAUGA